GUGCUUACGUGCGCUCCGUGACUGCAGCGGCCGACGCGGGGCUGGAGAGGCAGGACGCAUGCGCUCUGCCGUGCUGUAGCGCGCCCCCUCCCGUCGGGGGGCCGCAGCGCCAGGAUGCGGCGCAUGCGCACACCUGGAGGGCGGAGAGCAGCCCGGAGCGAGUGGAAAGAUUUGGGCGAGAACUUGCGCGGGAGCCGUUCUGUGCGGCGUGAGCGCGCAGGCGCGGCCGAGGGGGCGGGCUGCUACUCCGGAAUCUGCUAACCUCAGUCGGUGCCGCAUCCCCAGCCCGCAGCCAUGGCCGCCUACAAACUGGUGCUGAUCCGGCACGGCGAGAGCGCAUGGAACCUGGAGAACCGCUUCAGCGGCUGGUACGACGCCGACCUGAGCCCGGCGGGCCACGAGGAGGCGAAGCGCGGCGGGCAGGCGCUACGAGAUGCUGGCUAUGAGUUUGACAUCUGCUUCACCUCAGUGCAGAAGAGAGCGAUCCGGACCCUCUGGACAGUGCUAGAUGCCAUUGAUCAGAUGUGGCUGCCAGUGGUGAGGACUUGGCGCCUCAAUGAGCGGCACUAUGGGGGUCUAACCGGUCUCAAUAAAGCAGAAACUGCUGCAAAGCAUGGUGAGGCCCAGGUGAAGAUCUGGAGGCGCUCCUAUGAUGUCCCACCACCUCCGAUGGAGCCCGACCAUCCUUUCUACAGCAACAUCAGUAAGGAUCGCAGGUAUGCAGACCUCACAGAAGAUCAGCUACCCUCCUGUGAGAGUCUGAAGGAUACUAUUGCCAGAGCUCUGCCCUUCUGGAAUGAAGAAAUAGUUCCCCAGAUCAAGGAGGGGAAACGUGUACUGAUUGCAGCCCAUGGCAACAGCCUCCGGGGCAUUGUCAAGCAUCUGGAGGGUCUCUCUGAAGAGGCUAUCAUGGAGCUGAACCUGCCGACUGGUAUUCCCAUUGUCUAUGAAUUGGACAAGAACUUGAAGCCUAUCAAGCCCAUGCAGUUUCUGGGGGAUGAAGAGACGGUGCGCAAAGCCAUGGAAGCUGUGGCUGCCCAGGGCAAGGCCAAGAAGUGAAGGCUGGCGGGGAGGAUACUGUCCCCAGGAGCACCCUCCCUGCCCAUCUUGUCCCUCUGCCCCUCCCACCUGCACAUGUCACACCGACCACAUCUGUAGACAUCUUGAGUUGUAGCCGCAGAUGGGGACCAGUGGCUCCCAUUUUCAUUUUAGCCAUUUUGUCGCCUGCACCCACUCCCUUCAUACAAUCUAGUCAGAAUAGCAGUUCUAGAGCACAGGUUCUCAGUCUAAGCUGUGGAAAAGCUCCCCUUAGCCAACAGAGUUUAAAAGUAGUGACUUGGGUUUUUGCGAGUGCUUUGUUUACUAAGGACUUUGGGGAGGAACCAUGCUAAGCCAUGACCAAUGAGGAGGAGCAACAGAGCCUGUCUGUCCCCAUGAGCGGAGUCUGUCCUCUGCUCUUCUGCAGUCAGGCCACUGCCUGGGGGCUCUAGUCAUUCCAGUGGAAGAUGAAUGUAACCUGCAUGGUGAUGUGACAACUAUUUCCUCCCAGACCCCAGAGGAUCUGGCUGUAGGUUGGGAUCAAUCCUGAAUUUCGUUAUGUGUUAAUUUACUUUUAUUAAAAAAGUAUAGUAUAUAUAAAUAAUACAAAACAAUAACCCUUCUGGGGUUUCUUGUGGCGGUUGAAAUAGUCCCACAUGUGGUCAUCAGAAAAUAAGCCAUUCCUCAUACCAAUAUAGGAUCAGCUCCUUGACCUCUGAGGGGCAGGAGUGCUUCCUGGUGUGUGUAUUAGAAUCCCUUCCUUCCUUGUUUCAUGGCAGUGAAAUGCCUCUUGGUCCUGUCCAAGUGUGUCUUUCACUGAUUUCUGAAUCAUGUUCUAGUUGCUUGACCCUGCCACAUGGAUGGGUCCAGUGUUCAUCUGAGCAUAACUACUAAAUCCUUUUUCCAUAUCAGUAUAAUAAAGGAGUGAUGUGCAAUA